CCUGCUAUUUAGUCUUCCUCAGUUUCUUCCUUCUUUGGUUCUACAAAAUUCUCAAACUCAGCUUCGAUUUCUCCCCAACAAUGGCGCGAAAAUCUUCUCUCCUCAAGCGAACCCUAGCUUCUCUCUGCUUUAUUCUCGCCCUAUAUGCCAUCGUCAACACCUUCAUCAGCUCCACAGCCACUCUCAAGCUCGACCGCUCCUUCCCCUUCAGCACUGCCAAUUCCGUCAUGGUCUCCGACGAAUUUGGUUCCCAAGACACUGAUCUCCUCAAUACUUCCGGGAAAUCCGUCUCUCCGGUCAAGAUUUACCUCUACGAUGUCCCCACCAGGUUUACGUACGGUGUAAUUGAGAAUCACGGCAUAGCUCGCGGAGGAAAAUCCGUCGCUAAAGUCACGGACCUUAAGUAUCCAGGCCAUCAGCAUAUGGCGGAGUGGUUUCUCUUCACGGAUCUGCUUCGACCGGAGUCGGAGCGGAUUGGGUCUGCUGUGGUUAGGGUGUUCGAUCCGGAGGAAGCGGAUUUGUUUUAUGUACCGUUCUUCUCGUCCUUAAGCUUGAUUGUCAACCCUAUCCGACCUGCAACAGGGCCGGAUCAGCAGCAGCGGAAGCUUGUGUACAGUGAUGAGGAGACGCAGGAUGCUUUCAUGGAGUGGUUGGAGAAGCAGGAGUACUGGAAGCGGAACAAUGGGCGGGAUCACGUCAUUAUAGCUCAGGACCCGAAUGCAUUAUACAGGGUAAUUGAUAGGGUUAAGAACAGUAUACUGCUCGUUUCGGAUUUCGGGCGGUUGAGGGCUGACCAAGCCUCGCUAGUUAAGGACGUGAUUUUACCAUACUCACAUAGGAUCAAUACUUAUAAUGGUGACAUUGGAGUUGAGAAUCGCAAGACUUUAUUGUUCUUCAUGGGCAAUCGAUACCGUAAAGAGGGAGGAAAGAUACGUGAUAUGCUUUUCAAUAUACUUGAGGAGGAACAGGAUGUCAUAAUCAAACAUGGAACACAAUCACGAGAAAGUCGGCGUGCUGCUACACAUGGGAUGCAUACAUCUAAGUUCUGCUUGAAUCCAGCUGGUGACACUCCCUCUGCAUGUCGACUUUUUGAUUCUGUAGUAAGCUUAUGUGUACCAGUGAUUGUCAGUGAUAGUAUUGAGCUGCCUUUUGAAGAUGUUAUAGAUUACUCCAAGAUUGCAGUAUUUUUUGAUUCGGUUUCUGCUGUGAAGCCUAGGUUUCUAAUUUCAAAGCUGAGGAGAAUAUCUAAAGAGAGGAUUUUGGAGUAUCAGAGAGAAAUGAAAGAGGUAAAGAGGUACUUUGAGUAUACAGACUCAAAUGGCACAGUGAACGAAAUAUGGCGCCAAGUCUCACAGAAGUUACCUCUAAUUAAGCUAAUGAUUAAUCGUGAAAAGAGGGUCAUUCAUAGAGAUGGUGACGAACCAGACUGCUCUUGUCUCUGUUCAAACCAAACUGGCAUCAGGGCCAGACUAUAACUCUUUAUUUAUGCAUUUCUGGAGAAUCCGUGAACAAUGUUUGAUAUAAGCGGCAGGCCAGCUCCAAGACUUCCGAGUUGGAGGAAAUUGAGGAUGAAGUUAUAUGUCUUACUAGUUCCAACCUUGAGAUGCCCAUAUUCCUCAGCUCAGCUUGCUUUUUCUUCUAACCAGGCAGGUAGAGGUUGCCAUAUUUAUACGCCUUUUUCACUUAUUACUACUCUCUAUUCUUUACUGUUGAGAUGGUUAUGUAGAACUGACAUAGCCAUGCAUAAUCUGGUAAUAUUUGUAAUUAUAUUUUUUUUCCAUUUUUGGUGCAUUGUACAGAAUAAGGGUCUGUGAUCCUUCCAUAUUCAACUGAAGUUUUUCUUCAUUUUUCCUUAGCUGUUGUAGGCUUGAGAUAGACAUUGGGACAUUAGAAACAUGUCCAAUGAGCAGGUGGUCUUUUUUUACUUGGUAAAUUUGUAUUGUAGAUUAUGUCUAAACUCUCUCUGUCUCUCUCUCAAUGUUUUUGGUGGUGAUGUUGGUAGCUGAAAGGAGAUUCUUGAGUGAAUGGAAGGCCUUUUUCUUUUUUUGACAUA